AUGUUACGAAGAGAUAAUGCCUCUGCAGUUGGUAUUCAAUAUCUGAUCUCCCCGUUAAGCAGUCAUCUGAAAGGGAUAGGAUCAGAAAUGAAACCAAUGAGAUUCAAACGCAAACGACCCUAUGGAUCAGCGAAUUCUGAUCGAGGAACGGAUUAUUCGGAUCGGAACAAAACGAUUCUGAAUCGGAAACGACGCAGAUUCGAGCAGAAACGUGACCGGAAGGCAAAUACUCAAAGCGUCGAGAGUGUCAUUGCAAAAUAUGAGACCUUUAUGAAGAGGAUUUUCUACAAGCAAAUUGGCAAAUUUCAGGAAGAUGUAUCAAAAUUUGAGAAAUUCGACGACUUUCCACUCUCCACUCAAACUCAGAAUGGCUUAAGUGAGGCCGAUUUUGUGAAACCGACUGAAAUCCAACGUGACUCUUUGCAAUACUCAUUGACCGGUGUUGACGUGGUGGGUGCAGCGAAAACCGGAAGCGGAAAAACACUGGCGUUGCUGAUUCCGGUCGGUUGA